AUGACUUCCAUUGAGGAAUCCUCACCCGCUAUUCCUACAGCACAGCCAAUCAUAUUCGUGACCGGUACGGAUACUGACGUUGGGAAAACAUUUAUUUCCACAUUGCUUGCUCACAAAUGGCGAGCUAAUUACUGGAAGCCCCUACAAACUGGCAUUGAGUCUGACGAUGGUGAUAGCGUGACAGUGAAGACUGCCAAAUGUGAUGCAUCCUGGAUGCCAGAGAUUUUCCAACCAAGGUACGAAAUGAUCAAGCCUUUGUCACCAUACAAGGCGAUGGACUAUGAACCGUCGAUCGAUAUACAACUUACUGAUUUUGAAAUCCCGAAAGGAAGUGAAAAAGCACCUCUAAUAGUCGAAGGAGCUGGCGGAGCGUUUGUUCCAAUAACAAAAGACCUAAAAACGAUGACUGAUCUGAUGAAGCAUUUGGCGAUAACAAACACUCACCGGCCGUUUAAGAUUAUCGUGGUUGCCAGAAGUGGGCUGGGGACUUUAAAUCAUACUCUACUGACAAUCAACUAUUUGGAAAAUGAGGGUCUCAGUGAACACAUCCUUGGGAUUGUAGUCAAUGGUGAGAAGAAUCAAGGAAACGUUGAAGUUUUACGCGAUUACGGGCUAGAAAUUUUGGCCGAGGUAGAGACAACUAGUUCACCUGCGUCCGCCCUGAACUUCAUACCACCUCUUAAUGGGCUGUUGUAG